AUGCGCAAUAUAACUACAGCUCAAAUAAUAGAAGCAUUUCGUUUAUUUGAUCGCGACUUAGAUGGUAGAGUUAGCGCUCGAGAAGUUUUAUUGAUUUUCCAUAGUUUGGGAGCAGCGGUAUCUGCGGCACAAAUAGAUCAGCAUUUUGGGUUUCAAGGAUUAUUCACCUUAGAUAUGUUUUUAGAAAAAGCUACUGAGAUACUUAAAGAUUUGGAUCCUGUUGAAGAAUUAAUUGAAGCUUUCAAAAGAGUUGAUACCCAAGGAACUGGAAAAAUUGCGUUAACUGAACUUAGGCAAGUUGUUUCUAUUAUUGGCGAGCUUUCUUUACAAAAUGAAUUAGAAGAAUACUAUCGAUCAUUAGACGUUAAUAGUAACGGAGAAAUUGAUUACCAUCAACUAGCAAACGAAUUAUUUGAAACAUGA